UACCUGAACAGAGGUCACGUACUUAUCUCUGAAAUAGACGUGAUUCACACGACCCUAGACCUGAAAAUGAUCGCGGCUUGCUGUCUCCUCCUAUUACAAGUAUGCACCGCUAGCCUGGACAGGUUAGAAGCUACACGUGUAAAUCAGGAGCAACCAGAACGGCGGGCAAGUCAGUGCAUGGUUUGUCCACUAGCUUAUCCUACUACAAGCCAACCCCAUCAGCAUCACCAUGGCGACAACUGGAAUCUAUGCAUCCAUAUAUCAUACUCGAUGGACCCAUGUGAUUUUGAUGUUCCUAAAUGUGUUCCAUAUUUAGGAGAGACAUACCCUAUCUUUGGUAGCACUUACCUGAGGGUGGAAUACAAACAUUCACGGGAAAUGUGGGCUUUGUCGGAUAGUUUACGAUGCGAAAAUAAUUGUUGUAACCUAUCACCAAAUCAACUACCUGCAGCAACCUAUUCUUUAUCGCCUACAACUACGCCUGUGGUUACAUCUACAGCCCCAGCAACCCUAAAAGUACGUCUGGUCGACGGCCCGAAUGCCUCAGAGGGUCGCGUGGAGGUAUUCUAUGAUGGUAGAUGGGGUACCGUUUGUGACGAUAACUGGGACGAUGACGAUGCGAGUGUUGUUUGUCGCAUGCUUGGAUACUCUGGUGCCCAGGCUGUCCACACCUCAAAGGCUAGGUAUGGCAGUGGUCACGGCCCUAUCUGGCUGGACGAGACCCAAUGUAGUGGUCAAGAGACUAACCUCGGUCAGUGUUCAAUGGAACCCUAUGGUCACGGUGACUGUGACCAUUCCGAGGACGCCGGGGUCAUAUGUCAAGCAUUGCCAACUACUACAAUGACAACAACAACAGCAGUACCACGAGAAAUUUUGAAGGUUCGUCUUGUGGACGGGCCAAGUGCCAGUGAAGGUCGAGUGGAGGUUCUCCACAACGGCGUCUGGGGCACUGUGUGUGAUGACAACUGGGAUGAUGAUGACGCCAAAGUCACCUGCCGCAUGCUUGGUUAUAGCACCGUCCAGGCUACCCACACGUCGAAGGCUAGGUAUGGCAGUGGUCAAGGCCCUAUCUGGCUGGACGAGACCCAAUGUAGUGGUCAGGAGACUAACCUCGGUCAGUGUCACUUCGUCCCCUAUGGUCACGGUGACUGUGACCACUCCGAGGACGCCGGGGUCAUAUGUCAAGCUAUAACGUCAUCAACAACAAAGCCAUCAACAACAACGCCAUCAUCAACAACAGUACCACUUACAACAACAACACCGUUGUCAACAACAUCAACGCCGUCAACAACGUCAACAGCAACAACAUUGUCGUCAUCAUCAACAACGACGACAACAACAACAUCAAAAAAGACAACAACUGGUCACUGGUUCGUUUUCGGUGGUGGAAGUGUCAUAGGCUGACUUGGAUACUGGAGAUGACGUCACGCAUUAUGGAUAAUAUUACCUGGAUCGGUCGUUUAACUAUACCUGGAUUUUCUCUCCUAUCACCAAUGCCAUCGUGGAUAUGUGGAAAAUAUGAAAAAAGAACAAAAUGAAAAUUUAUUAGAUAUGCAUGUAUGCAAUUUUCAAUCGAAUUCAAAGUUAUCGUUUGAUUACAUUUAUAAUAAUGUGACAUUUAUAUUUCAUUGAAAAAAUACUACCUCAAGCAAAUCUGAACAAAAUAGAAGACCUUCGUCAAUACCAUCAUCCAAAAUAGUGUAAUACGAAGCAUUAUGUUAGACAAUAAAAGUCUGUCUAUCUA